AUACAAUCUGCUAAAUUUCUCUCGAUAGUACUAAAACAAGAAUCCUAUUCUGUCAAAUGUAUAAACAAUACUUUUAUUUGUUGUUUUAAAUAAAAUUAUAUUUUCUAAUAAAAAACGAAAUUUAAAAGAAGACAUGUCUGGGGUAGUGCUCGAAUUUAAUCGAUGUUUUCUGUGUCGCAAAAAGAAUACCAGUGAUAAGUUCCAGAAGAGCAUAAAUGUUACCCAGUGCCCGGCCUCCAAGAAAAGUAUUCGAACAGUCCUUUUGCAUUUGGCCCGUUUGGGUAAAUUUGAAUUGCAUCUGUCUAGUGGAGAAUGGCUGUGCCGCAAGUGCUACAUUCAAAUAGCAGAUUAUGACUCCAACCUAGUCAACGUAACUCGCAAGCAAAGGAACCUUUCAAUGCUGGUGGAAAAAGCUGCCACCAGCUUUGAAAGCGACAUCGAAGAAGAAUGCCUUCAAGAAAUGUCUAGCAUGGCUGAAUUAAAUGAUGAUAAUUUCUUCGAAGAUGCAAAUGUAAGUGAUCAUGAAAUAUCUGAAACAAUAUUUGAUGUAAUCGGUGGUGACAGUUCCCGCAAAAAAAAGCAAGAUAAUGAUCAACAGCUCGUAAUUCAGUCGGUCCAGUCUGAAUAUCAGCAUCGCCCCAUCCCAUUAUCUGAACAAAUCCAAUGUAAUUUAUGUGCAAUGCGCUUUAGAAAUAGAGCACGUCUUCAGAGACAUGUGGUACAGGCUCACAAGAAAUUCAGUUGUAAUGUUUGUUCGUUUAGUCAUCGCAACGAGGACUAUGUGAUGUUACAUAUGAAUAUUCAUGAAGGUAAAAAUGAAAAUCAGUGCAGAUUUUGCAACAAAGAGUUCACAACCAAAAUCAGCACUAUACGUCACAUGGAAGUGCAUUUGGAUACGAAAAAGUAUCAAUGUGACAAAUGCGGUUUAUGUUUCUCGCAAACGACUGUCCUCUACAACCAUAAGCUUCAACAUGAGGCCGAAGAGAAGCCCUUACGUUGCGAAAUAUGUAAUCAAAUAUUCAAGACGAAAAGAACUUUCCGCCAUCAUAUGGUCACCCAUAGAGCAGAUCGUCCCCGUUACAGUUGUGAGUUUUGCUUUAAAACCUUUACCGAGAAAUACACGUUAAAGGUACAUAAGAGAACUCACCCAGAGGCCGGAAUCACAGCAGCACCUACAGGUUUUCAAUAUCAGCAGCAACAACAGCAUGAACAUCAGUAUCAAGUUGAGUCGGAACAACAUCAGUCAUUUAAUCAGAAUCAAGUUGAUUACCUUCAAACGACAAAUAUGCAGCCUACCAAUUCUCAAACAACUUCAGCCGCAACAGCAAUUCCAAAAUUUAGUUGCAUUAUCUGCGAUCAACCAUUUACUACAAAGGAUCACCUCAACAAGCAUAUGGAAAAAGAACAUGACGUAAUAUUGAAGUCAUUAACUAUAGCGAACUUUUCGCAAUUCGAAGUUGUAACGAAUGAGCCACGAAAACCUUGUCAUAUUUGUGGUCAAAUAUUUAGUGCCCAACAUAACUUAGAAUAUCAUCUGGAGAACGUCCAUGGUGUAUCAUUUAAAUAAAUUUGAUCUUCAUCUUUUCUUUAAACAAUUUUACAUCAGAAAUUUAUAGAUUUGAUUAACUUUUAGUAUAUUUAAAAUGUUUUAAUAUUUAAAUAGCUAUUUAGCG